AGGGAGGGGCGCGCGAGCGAGAGUGAGAUUUUACAGAAAGCACAAACAGAAACCUGGUGAAAAUCACAAGCAGCUUCAUACGAGCACAAACGUCUGUGUCGGGAACAACAUGGAGGAUUUUAGUAUCGAUCACAAGAAGCUGCCUGGCGUUAAAGAGGUGUGUCGUGAGUUUGCUGUGCUGGAAGAUCACUGCCUGGCCCAUAACCUUCAAGAACAAGAAAUUGAGAGCCACCUGGCCUCCAACAUCCACAAGAGUCGUCUGGUACGGCAGGAUCUCCGCGUGGCCAAGCGUCUCCAAGAAGAAGAAGACCAGCGGGCCAAAGUCCAGAGCCAGAAACAGCACCACGAAAUUGAACGCAGCGACAACGAAAUAGCUCAAGAGAUUCAGGAGCAGCUGGUCCGGCAGGCUGAGAAGCAGAAACAGCAGGAGGCUAAGGAUGAGGCCAUUGCUCGUAAGCUGCAGGAGCGAGAGAUGAAAGAGGAACGGAAGAGGCAGAAGCAGCUGGAGGCCAAACUGGAAGAACAGUACUAUGAAGACAAAGGAGGUUUGUCCCUAGGGACCUACCGCCCCCCUUCAGAUCCUCGUCUGGAGUACUUAGACACUGAUUUGCCAGUGUCUGGCAGAGAAAGGUAUAGAGAGACAAGCCGAGGUCAAUCUCCAGAUCGCAGGCCUCAGAAAUUGGAACCAAACAGACGACUGGACAGUUACAAAGAAUAUGACCCUGUUGAAGGCGAUCCCUCAAGAGUCUCAGAGCAGAACCGAGGGAAAAAUGAAGGCAAACCAAGAAGGCAAGUAGCGGAGCACCACCUCUCAGAGGUAAGGACUAAAUACCCAGAGGAAUACUUGGCUGGAAGAAACAGACACGCAGAGGCAGAACUGCGGUACCAGGACCCAGCGUUCACCAUGAAGGAGCGAGCGUAUAGAGAUGAUCCGUAUGAUAGGGACAGGACAAGGAGAAGAGAUCGGGAUCAAGAGAGAGAAAGAGACAGAAGAAAAAAAGGAGAUAAACCACAAUACAGAGACAAAAGUCAAGAGAAGGCAAAUAAGGACCUCGGUAGAGACAGACCCCUGAACAAAGAAGCGGACUUCGGACAAAACGGCUACAGAUACAAGAGCAGAGAUAGAGACCUGGACUUGGAAACAGACAAACCUGGACGUAAGGAGAGAGUAAGGGACGGGGAAAGACAUCGGAGUAGGGAUGGAAGUAGAGGCCGAGAGUUAGAUGGCCGCUUUUCAGAAGAAACCGAGGAGAAUGCAGACUACAUCAAAAGGCAGGGGAUCUACAGCAGUGAUGAGGUGUUUGAGGAACCCAGCUCUAGAAGUCUCUCUAAAGGGCAUAGCCCCAGGUACAGAGGACGAAGCGUGCAGGAGGAGUACGGGGUGAGGGAAGCAGUGCACGGUUUGUCUCAGAUCGACCUGCGAGCACAGGAGAUUAAAGACAUGGAGGUGGCGCGCAGACUACAGGAAGAGGAGCUCAAGGCAAGUAAACUUGACAAGCGAGCUGCUCAAGUUGCACAAGAUGAGGAAAUUGCUCGACGAAUAAUGGAGGAGGAGGAAAGGGAGUACAAGAAGUCUCGAGAGAAGGAGAGACAGCAGAGAAAGGCUGAGGGAGACUCCAGGCCCGUAGAGGAAGAAAUGGCCCGACCACGAACACGAGAGGAGUACGACUACCAAAAGGCUCGGAAUCCUAAACCUUCCAGACCUCCACCACACAUCCAUAACUAUGUGAACGUGGACCCCGGUUACGAUUAUUCAGAUAACUACUCCCCUCGGCCGCCUUCCAGACCCGAAGCUGCUUACAAAGGUGCCUACUACAGACAGUGACUCGAGGCCCUUUGGUGUCAUUUUAUGAUUUGUGCUGUACUUCUGUUUUUUUGUUUUUUUUCCCUUCACGUUUCUGAUUCUGAUUCUGCUUGCGGGAGGUUGCUGGGUCUGUUUUUUGCGCUGAUCUCAUAUAAACCACCAAGUCCAGACUUUUGAAUACACACGUGUAUCAUCAUCCUCACUCCAUGUGCACGACGAUUAAACACCCGUUUCCUGUGCGUGUUUGAAAAAUUUCUGACAAUGACAGAUUUUUUUAAUUUAUUUUUAAUUUAUGUUUUGUAAAAAAAAAAAAAAUUAUGUAAAAAAAAAAACACAAAAAUGUCAUAUCAGUUUCUUUUCUAGCUAAUAUUAUGUUGUGAAAUCAGUGUUGUUAUGAAGAAAUGUAUUUACUGCCAUCAGCCGCACCAGUAAACUGACAACUGAUGUACACUUCACUUCCUUCACACACCAGCAGGUGUGUCCUGUUUAGAAAGAUAGAAAGAUACUAUAAAGAAACUAUAAACGUCAUGACGUUUUACACCCAUCUUGAUCUCACCCCAUUCAAGGUUUUGGGUCCAUCUGCAGUUUUCCCCCCAGGGAAAUGUACAACACAAUUAUUUAGACUGAACAUGUAGAACAGAAAAACACAUCAGAUCAAAUCCUUUGGUACAGUAUUAGUGCCUGUGCUAUCCAAGUGUUUAGUUGCCAGUACUCUCUUACAUUCAUCACCAUGACAUCACGUAUCCAUCAAUGAAGGAUAGAACAAGCUACGUAAACUGAAGUACAGUUACUUAAGUAUUAUUCAACUCUUUUUUUUUUUUUUUUUUUUUCUCCUCCUCUCUAAAGCGAUUUAUUUACCAGUAUGUAUGUUUUUAGUGUUGAUUCAACACAUUUAGAAUAAAAGGUGGUCCAUGGCCUAGCUGUAGAUGCCUUCUUUAUUCUUUAUCAGGCAGAAAUCCCAGGAUUGCCUUUAUGUUUUGCACUGUAUGUUGAAAACAAGUAGCCAUUUGUCGCUAGAUGACCAUUUCUGGAAUUUUUUUUGAAGUGCUUGCUGUAAAGUGACUUUCUUCUUCAACUGCUGUCAUUCCAAGGAGCGAGAAAUUUGGUUUACAUACAUAUAUAUAUAUAUCCAUAUUUAAAGCUGCAAUAAAAAACCUUAGUGGUGAAAGUCCUGCUCAGAAAAGGCCUUGCGAGUAGUUUUUUUUUUUUAUUUUUUUUAUUUUUACAUUUAUUUUGUUAUACAAUCAAAUGCUGUAUGUCUUGUGAUCAACCAUCAACCUUUGUAUCUUGCACAUUAUUUCAGAAGUAACACUGGCCAAGUAUGAUUUACAUAAGAAAUAAAUGGAUUUUAAGUAUGA